GAAUGCUCUAUUGACCAUGAAAAAACACCUACAUCACAAAGUGUCUGGAUCCUGUGAUCCUGGUGACAGGAGUCCAAAAGAAAAAGGAAGAUCACAGGGAAUUCGAAAUUUGCUAAUAUUGAUUAGUUUAUCAAUAAUACCCUACUUGUCUUGUCUAGGCGGAGACUUUGUAUUUGAUGACGCAGAAUCUAUCGUAAAUAAUCCGAUUGUAAAUGGAAAAGAUCCAUUGUUGCAGAUAUUCUCUCGUGAUUUCUGGGGACGUUCUAUCAGUUCAUCUAACAGCCACAAAAGCUAUCGACCUGUGACAACCUUCACAUUCUGGCUCAACUAUAAGCUUCAUGAGACAUCUACUUUGGGAUAUCAUGUUGUUAACAUUAUUUGCCAUACCGUCGCUACGCUGGUGUUUUACAAACUUGGAAAACAAUUGGAGCAUAUUUUUGAUUUCUUCAACAUUGCAUUCUCAGCAUCAAUAUUGUUUGCUGUACAUCCAGUGCACACAGAAGCAGUUGCAAAUAUAACAGGACGAGCUGAGCUUUUGAUGACAAUUUUCUCGUUAGCUGCUUUAAUAUUACAUGUGAAAAAUCGUGAGAUCAAUUGUAAAUUUGUGUUACUUGUUAUCCUAUCGACCCUGUCUAAAGAACAAGGACUAAUGACAAUUCCAAUCGCUAUUUGUAUUGAUUUCCUCGCACAUAGAAGUUGUAGAUCAAACUUUGUACGUAUGAUCUGUUUGCUUGUUGCCAUCGGUUUUCUGAGAAUGAUGGUGAAUGGAUUUGAAGCAGCAAAGUUUACAAAAUUAGAUAACCCAACCGCUUUUUUGAAUUCGAAAUUUUAUAGAAUGAUAAAUUACACCUACAUCUGGCUAUACCAUGCAUAUCUGCUCGUAAUACCCGUUAAUCUCUGCUUCGAUUACUCCAUGGGAUGCAUUUCCUCCAUUACCACCAUGUGGGACUUGCGCGCAUUAUCACCUGUUCUCAUUUUCACAAUAGUAAUUAUUGGAGUCAAAUUUCAAAAUGAAUGCAGGGCUUUUACUCUCAGCUCUUUGAUGGGGAUCAUCUCGUUUCUCCCGGCUUCCAACAUAUUUUUCACAGUUGGCUUUUCCAUUGCGGAAAGGGUUUUAUAUCUUCCAUCCGCUGGAUUCUGUUUGUUAUGUGCAAUAAUCUUUAAGAAAUUAUCAGUCCACUUUAAAAAUGCUGAUGUACUAUCAAUUACAUUAAUAUUGUUGUUGAUUUCAAAAACAUACCGAAGAAGCGGAGAAUGGAAAACCGAGCUCUCUCUCUACAGUUCAGGACUCAGUGUCUGUCCUACAAAUGCUAAAAUUCAUUACAAUCUAGGGAAGGUUCUAGGAGACAAUGGUCUAACCAAAGACGCAGAGAAAAAUUACUGGAAUGCUAUAAAACUAGAUCCAUCCUAUGAACAAGCUUUAAACAAUCUCGGAAAUUUGCUCGAAAAAUCUGGAGAUAGUAAAACAGCCGAGAGCUUGCUUGCCCGAGCAGUCACGCUACGGCCCAGUUUUGCAGUUGCUUGGAUGAAUCUUGGUAUUUCUCAAAUGAACUUAAAAAAAUAUUAUGAAGCGGAAAAAUCAUUGAAAAAUUCACUAUUAAUACGUCCAAAUUCUGCACAUUGUCUAUUCAACUUGGGAGUUUUGUAUCAAAGAACUAAUCGUGACGAAAUGGCAAUGUCCGCAUGGAAAAAUGCGACAAGAAUUGACCCAUCCCACUCUCAAUCUUGGACCAAUUUGUUCGUAGUGUUGGAUCAUUUAAGUCAAUGUUCUCAAGUAAUUGAUCUAUCCUAUCAGGCUUUAUCAAGUGUACCAAACGAAUCACGAGUUCAUAUGCAAAUCGGAUCUUGCCACGCUAAACAUUCAAAUUUCACGGCUGCAGAAAAUCAUAUAAAAAGUGCUAUAGAUCUGAAUCCAACUUCAGUUUUGUUUCAUGCGAAUCUCGGUAUUCUCUACCAACGAAUGAGUCGUCACAAAGAAGCUGAAAGCCAGUAUCGAAUUGUCUUGGCACUUGAUUCGAAAAAUAUAGUUGCCAAACAAAACCUUCAAAAGCUGGAAGAACAUAACUGCUACAAUUCCACUCUCCCAUAAUCUAUAGGCUAAAAGUUAAUAAUUCGCUAGGUGAAUCAUCACGAGUAUAUUCAAAAUUAUGUACGGUUAUAUUAUCUGUUAUUUUUUCAUUGUUAGACAAUAAAGUGUUCAUUUU